UACGACCUAGAAAAAGCGUUACACGAAAAACGGCAGCGUGGCGACUCUCAUUCUUCUCUCUGGUAAUGCGUAUGCGUGGUCAUAUGUGAUAAACAUGGCGGACUCCACAAAUAAUUCGGAGGAUGAUCGACUCUCAUGCAAGAUUUUGAUUAUUGGUGCCGGUAUGGCCGGAUUAUCGGCGGCAACUCAUUUGUUAAAGAAUAGCGAGAUGGAUUUUCUUAUCGUCGAAGCGCGCGGACGUAUAGGCGGACGAAUCGUUGCCGCUCAAAUCGGUACGGUUGACGUAACCUCUCCUGGACGAUGCAAUGAAAAAGUUGAAUUAGGGGCAAAUUGGAUCCAUGGUGUACUAGGUAAUCCCAUGUUUGAGCUAGCAAUGGCGAACGGUUUAAUAGAUAUUGUACAUGUGCCGAAACCCCAUAAAGUAGUGGCUGCUUUGGAGGAUGGGAAACAGUUACCGUUUCCCGUCUUGCGGGAGAUUUAUGAAGCUUAUGUAUGCUUCUUGAGACGAUGCGAAGAAUACUUUCUAAGCACAUAUAGUCCGCCAGACGGUAUAACAAGCGCAGGGGCACACAUUGCACUGGAAGCGGAGAUAUACCUUUCGUCCUUACCACUUGAACAACGACGAGUGAGACAAUUGAUCUUCGAUUGUCUACUCAAGAGGGAGACCUGUGUUACAGGCUGCGACAGCAUGGAUGAAGUGGAUCUCCUGGAAAUGGGCUCCUACGAUGAGCUUCAAGGUGGAAAUAUUAGUCUUCCAAAUGGAUACAGUGCUAUAUUGGAACCAGUUUCAAAGCACAUACCAAAGAAUUGUAUUCUUACUCGGCAUGUCGUGACAAAGAUUAGGUGGCGUCCCCAGGAAGGCAUCAAUCCUACAAGAAACUCCGAUUCUAAAUCGAAUAGCCUUAUAGAAGUACAAUGUGAAAAUGGAAAGACAAUUACCGCGGAGCACGUAGUAUGUACAUUGCCGUUGGGCGUUUUAAAAAGGACAGCUACAGACUUGUUUGAACCAUCAUUGCCGACUUAUAAACUCGAAGCGAUAAAUAGACUGAUGUUCGGUACAGUGAAUAAAAUAUUUCUCGAAUACGAACGACCUUUCCUGAAUCCUGGCGUAUCGGAAGUGAUGCUCCUAUGGGACGACGAGCGAUUAUCCGAAGCGGAAAAGCAGGAUAUUGGCAAGACCUGGUUCAGAAAGAUAUAUUCGUUCAUCAAAAUCUCGGAUACGUUGCUGCUCGGUUGGAUAUCCGGUCGCGCGGCGGAAUACAUGGAGAAACUAAGCACUACAGAGGUGGCGGAAGUGUGCACGACGAUUCUGCGACGGUUCCUCAACGAUCCCUUCGUACCGACCCCGAAGAGCUGUCUGCGCACCACAUGGCACUCGCAACCCUACACACAGGGUUCCUACACUGCGAUGGCUGUCGGAGCGAGUCAAUUAGACAUCAGAAGUUUGGCCGAGCCGUUGAUCCAGGAGAAAGCGGAAGACGAGACGGACGGAACGGCUAAAAUUUUGGUGGCAUUCGCGGGUGAACAUACACAUUCAUCGUUCUACAGCACGGUACACGGAGCAUAUUUGACCGGCCGAACGGCGUCUGAAUUGCUCUUGGGUGUCAAACAGAGCGAAAAGCACGCGUUGAGUCUUAGUUGCGAGGACACUAGCGAUCUCAGCUCGUGGAUACAAGGCAUUUCUUUGAAUUAAUGCACGAUUUUUCCCGAGAAAGAAAUAUAUGUACGACGAUUAAAGAUGUAUUUAGUGCUAUAUAUACAUUACGCGCGGUUACUUUCAUUUUGUAAAUACUGUAGUGCGAAACUAUCAUCUCUAUACACAUCAUGUACAUAAUGGUGCUUUUUAAAGUUUUAUGUCUGCGAAUUAUGGAUUAUGCGGAUGAGGUGUGUAUUUAUCGUAUUAUGCAUACCGUGCCGUGAACAAAUAACGCGAGUAAAACCGAGAUAGGACAGAGAAACUGCAUGUCACCGACGUCGGCGAUAUCGUGAGUGAUCGAUGUGAUAUGUGGAUGUUACAAAUGUAUUCGGCACGGAUGUUAUUUUGUUUGAAUACGAGAAUAUCUUAAAUAUAACGAAACAAAUAUUUUUAGGUGAUUAUGCAAACAUUUAUUUUAUGAAAUCGCGCGAACUAUAUAAUGUUUUUGCUAAUCUCAUGUAGAUAGUAUAUCGGAUCCAGUCGAAUUCACAUGGACGAGCCUAAUUCUAUUUGCGCGAUAUGUAACGAUAUUUUUAACGAUUAUGUAUGUAUGUAUGUGCAUGUUAUAACACACACACUCACAUAUACGCACGCGCGCGCGCGCGCGCACACACACACACGCACACACACGCACACA